UCAGAAUCUUGACACAAUGCAUAUUGAGAAGAACGUUUUUGACAACAUAUUCUGGACAUUAUUGAAUGUUGAUGGCAAAGGAAAAGACAAUUUGAAGUCUCGUUUGGAUUUACAAGAGAUGAGGAUCCGAAAAGCUUUGCAUCCUAAGAAAAAAGCUAACGGGAAAUAUUAUCUACCACCUGCAUGUUUCACAUUGAGUAACAAACAAAAAGACAUGCUCUUACAAGUUUUAAAAGAUGUGAAAGUUCCAGAUGGUUAUUCUUCAAAUAUAUCAAAUUGUGUUGAUCUUAAACAACGCACUAUGCAUGGAUUGAAGAGUCACGACUGUCAUGUUUUAAUGCAACAACUCCUUCCUAUAGCCUUGAGGAAUCUUGUGCCAGUUAAUGUUCUUAAGCCAUUAAUUGAGUUAAGCAAUUUUUUUAGGGGCAUUUCUUCAACAGUUAUGAAGAUAGGUGAAUUAGAAAAGCUCCAAGAUCGAGUUGCAAUAACUCUUUGUCAUUUGGAGAGAAUAUUUCCUCCAUCUUUUUUUGACAUCAUGGAACAUCUAGUCAUCCAUUUAUCUGAAGAAGCAAUGUUGGGUGGACCAUCCCAAUAUCGUACAAUGUGGGCAAUUGAAAGGUUCUUGCUUAGUCUUAAAAACUUUGUAAGGAGUAGAAGUCAUCCAGAAGGUUGCAUUGCAGAGGGACAAUGGAUACAAGAGAUCAUGACAUUCUGCUCAAGAUACUUAGAUGAUGUGGAGACAAAGUCUAAUCGACCAUUAAGAAAUAAUACAUUGUCUAAUGAAACAAUGGAUUUGGAGGGUCGUCGAUCAAGUAAAGAGAAAGGAUUUAUUCUUGAUGACAUUACACAUGCUCAAGAACACAAACAUGUUUUAUUUAAUGCUGCCUCCACAACUCCAUAUCGUGAAGAACAUAUAAAAGAAAUCAAGAAGGGAAAUCCUCGUCUAUCAAGACAUGAUGUGGAUCGGAUUCACAAUGAAAAAUUUCAAAUAUGGUUUAGAAAUCAUGUUGAGAAGAUGCAUUUGGCUGGUGAACAAAUACCUCAAGAUAUUCAACAUUUAGCUGUUGGCCCAUCAAAGCAAGCAAAAAGGAUGACGGGAUAUAUAUGUAAUGGAGUUAGAUACUUGACAAAAUCUCGUGAUGCCAAGAGAAAAACUCAAAAUAGUGGUAUAAUGGUAAAAGCUACCACUCAAAGUUAUGCGAGUGCAAGAGAUAAAAAUCCCAUAUUGGCAGAUGUUUCUUUUUAUGGGAUCCUCACAGACAUAAUUGAGUUGUAUUACACCAAGAAGUUCAAGUUUGUAUUAUUUACCUGUAAAUGGGUGAACAACAAUAAAGGGCUUAUUGAGAAAGAUGAUUAUGGAUUUACUCUUGUGAAUUUUAAUCAUCUACUCUACACAAAACAACAUUUAUCAAAUGAACCUUUCAUCUUUGCUUCUCAAGCUCAACAAGUUUUUUAUGUCGAUCAUCCAAUGGAAAAUGAGUGGCAAAUUGUUGUUAAAUUUAAGCCAAGAGGUUUUUAUGAUUUAGGUGAAGAUACACCAUCAAUUGAGCAUAAGGAAGGCCAUAUGGAAUUGUGGCCUGAGCAACAAUUGGAUGACACUACAUUUGAAAGUGAAGACGAUAUUGAAUGGGUUAGACAUGGAGUACCAGGAAUAGAGAUCGACCCACAAACUUUGGAAUGUAAUGAAGCAUUUGAUGAAGAUGAUGAUACAUCUUAAUUUUUAUUACUAUUAUGUUAUUAUGAUUAUUUUAAUUUAGAUUGUUAUUGAACAAUAUAAAUUUUUGCGUUUUUUACUAUGUCAUUCAGUUGUUAAAAUCUCGUAUGGUUAUGUGUUUUGUUAUUCA